UAAAAUUAGCGAGGAGAAGAGCAGCAUCACCACCAUUCAAUCUUCAUUUCAUAUUGUUAGAUAAUUAUCUUAAGUUAGCUUAUCAGUCUGUUUGCGGAAAACAGAGAGCUGAUUAUUUUCAACCUUUUUACUGUAUUCAUUGAAGAGAAAAAUGGUUAAGCCAAAUUUGUGUUUUAGUGGGUGAAAGCGUUGGAAAAAACAUGAAAUGGCCGGCAAGCUUCUUCUCAUGCGGAACAAAUUGCAGUAGUUGGCGUAAGAAUUUGAUCCAAAACAUCGAUGGGAGGAAAGCUUCCAGGGCCAGCGUCAGGAACGGCACCGGCCAAUGCCUAUACGACGGAGAGUAACCCCAUUGUGGUGAUCGGUGAACAGUAUAUUGUCCCAUACCCUGUGGAUCUUAAAAUACAACACACGGUAUUUACGGUUGCUGAAAAUAACUUCGAUAUCACCGACGUUAAUGAUAACCCUAUUUUCAAGGUUAAAAAUAAGUUGUUCAGCUUUCCUGAUCGCCGCGUUUUGCUCGACGCUGCUGGAAAUCCUCUCGUUUCCCUCAAACAGAAGAUAUUGAGUGUUCAUAGGAGAUGGAGAGUUUUUAGAGGGGAAAGCGACAAAUCAAGUGAUUUUCUUUUCAGUGUGAGGAAAUCGUCUUUGGUUCAUCUGAAGAUGAGGACGAAGACUACGAUGACUAAGACUUUAGAUGUUUUCUUGGCAUCCAAUACCAGUGAAUCACUGCCUGAUUUCAAGAUCAAAGAGGGUUGGCGCGACAGCAGCUGCACUAUUUUUGCUGGAGACGCUAUUAUUGCACAGAUACUAAAUUUACUAUUCCAACCCUAAUCAUUUCUUACUAAAGCACUAAUUAUAUCGACCUUUUAGGCCAAAUAUUAUGCACAAAAUCAAUAUCACUCAGAGAGCC